UACGUCUACAUGCCAUAAGCCCCUUUUCACAUCUCAGCCCUCGGAGCAAACGGAGCAGCAGCCCACAGCCUACAGCUUUGCCAUGAGGUCCAGGGUGAAAAUGAUGAUGCUGCUGCCGCUUUUGGUGGCAGCUGUAUGCGCGUCGAAUGCUCACCCCAACGACAGCAACAAUGACGGCAAGCAGCAGCGCAGCGUCUGGGAGGAAACCAUCAGAUUCAACACCAAGACGAAGGACGCUUGCACCAUGGCGGUGUCCGUUGCAGGAAACUUUACUCGUCUGCGUGUCUCCUGCAGAGCCCCAAGCCAGGCUAGCGGACGGUCCUACUACUGUGACUUCCAGGGCAAACCGAGCCAAUGCCGAGCCUACAACAACAACCCUCGGCACUACUUUACCCAGAUGAUGUGGGAGCUGAGGAAGCUGAAGAACGCCUGCCAGGGAGCCAAAAUCUACCGACCCCACAUGUGCAGGAAAUACUCCGAUGAGGCUCAAAUGACUUUCCUAACUUCUUGGCCCAAGGCUUCAGCCCCCAAGCCGUCGAAGCCCGAGCAGGAGCAACGUAAACCAGCUGCACCGGCGCAAACCAAACCCACUGCGUCUCAUAAACCUGUGAAGCCGCAGCCUCAGCCGGCUAAACCCCAGCAGGGCAAGGGCUCCCAGAGCAAGAAAAGCACCCCCAAGCCUGUGAAGACCACCACCACCACCACCCGUCCCACAGACGAGCCUUCAUCCAGGGCGUCCCACCUUGCCACAGAGUACUGCUGGAAGAGCUUCCACGGCCUCUGCAGCUUCGUCAUCAGCUGGUUUCAAAACUAAGAUUCAUGCAGGUUGGAAUUACUAACAACACAAUUCGGUCUCCGGUCUUUGAGCCCUCUGGAAUCUGUAUGAAAGCAUCUGGAAAUAUUGGACUAUAUGAUAUGCAUGUCUUAAAUCUAUAAAAAAAAUAUCCACAAUGAGCCAAAGAGAGAACCUCAUAGCGAUGUGUUUCUGUUUGUAAAUUAUGUAAAAGUUGUCCCAGAUGUCUUGGAAGCGUUUCCGCAGCAUGUACUCAGAGGAAGAGAAUAAAUGCGAGAAUGGUGA